UGCGCGCGCGUGUGUGAAGGGAAACCGAGCCAGACAGUGACGGUCGGAUCGCUCACUCAUCAGCUGUCUGUCAGCCCCAGCGCGCCACAAAGAGCAGCGUGACUCCCGGCCGGUAUGGAGGGACAGAUGCAACCCGCGGACGAGGGGCCCUGCGUCCCGAAGAUGUGCCGACAGCAGCGGGGUCCGUACAGCACCCUGAAGCCCUUCCAGAGCAAGCGCUCCGCGGGGAAGUCGCGCUUUGACCGGUCCGCCGUGGUGGAGCUGCCUCUGUUUGGCGACGGGCAUCCCUUCACUUUCCCUGCCGAGGAGCCUCAUCCCUUCCAGCCGCUCCAGCAGCAGCAGCAGCAGCAGCAGCAGCGGCCGCAGCUCCUCCACCAGAGCAGCGUCGCUAUCAGCACCAGCCAGCAGCAUCACCCGCCGCCUCAGCAGCAGCAGCAGCAGCAACAGCAGCGUCUCCCAUGUGACGCCAGGCCCAGCAGCAGGGUCCCGACAUCCACCUCUACGGCAUCCCUCGGUUCCCAGCGGCGCUCCUGCAGCGGUUCGGAGCCCAGGUUCUCUCCGGACUGCACCUACGGUAUCAGCACAGAAAACCGGCUCAUCCUAGAUGCCUUUGCCCAGCAGUGCAGCCGAGUCCUCAACCUUCUCAACAAUGGCCGUCUCCUGGAGCCUUCCUCCUCCUCCCUAGGCUCCAACGUCAAGCUGGAAGACGGGCGAGGAGACGCUCAGGGGCUCCACUGCUCCUCACAGGCUAAGCUGAAGCCCCAGGAGAGCUCCUCCUCCACAGAUCCAGAGGAUGAGGCCCAACAAAGCCAUUCAAACCAGCAACAGACCUCCGCGGUCCUCCGCAUCUUCACGGACUCCCUACAGAACUACCUGUUCUCCGGGCCUCAGCAACAUCGGGCCGCGAGUCUCGAAGGGGACCAGUGUGGUCCUGCGGAGCCCGGGUCGGAGGUGUCUCCGUCGAGGCACAACCUGGGAGGCUGGAGGUCCCCGGCUCCCUCGGAGUCCUACGGCCACCCGUCGUCGACGCUGCCGGAGGAGGAGGAGGAGGAGGAGAGCUGCUGCCCGCGCUGUCUGGAGCUGGAGCAGGAGGUGCUAUGUCUGCAGCAGGAGAACGAGGAGCUGCGGAACAAACUGGAGAACGUUCCAGUCCCCUGUCAAAAUGCCCUGGACUACUUGAAGGCGGUUCUCGAGUUCCACAACCAGCUGGCCCAGCCAAUCCCAGAGGAACAGCUCACAGAGCAGUGUGACAAUAUGGAAUUAAAAGAUAUAUCUCUGCAGGAGGAAGAGCAGCAAACAGUCUUUGAGGUUUGUCGUUUAGCCUGUACGGAUCAUACGUCUGGUUUGUUUCCUGGCCCGCCCCAACUCAACUCUGAGUUUGACUCCUCUUCCCUCCAGGGGAGCAAACAGCUCCUGGAGAACUACCCGCUCUUCAUCACCAACAAGCAGUGGGACGAAGCCGUCAACUCCUCAAAGAAAGACGGCCGGCGGCUCCUGCGCUACCUGAUCCGCUACAUCUUCACCACGGACGAGCUGAAGUUCUCCUGCGGCCUGGGCAAAAGGAAGCGCUCGGUGCACUCAGGGGAGCCGGGCCUGGAGAGACGGCCGCUCAACCCCGUCAAAGUCAGCUGCCUCAGAGAGUUUAUCCGGAUGCACUGUGCCUCAAACCCAGACUGGUGGAUGCCCUCGGAGGAGCAGAUCAACAAAGUGUUCAGCGAUGCGGUGGGCCACGCCCGCCAGGGCCGGGCGGUGGGGACGUUCCUGGGCAGCAGCGGCAGCAGCACCAGCAGCCUCUACAUGGACGCCUUCGACGGACACCUGUCGCAGGAUGAGCUGUAUCUGAAAGGCUGCCAGAACGGCCAGUUGGACUGAAGUUAGACACGACAACGUUAAAGCUUAAUAUGUAGCCGUACAACAACAUAUCCAGAAAUACCAACCUUUACCUAACCUAACAACAUUCCAGAGAACGUGUAUUAUACAGAAUAUGACUCCAGCCUUUGCUUUGCAUAAUUUUAUAACCAUUUUUGGUUGUUUUAUACUUGCAUUCUUUUUUUUUUUGGGUCAAACUUUGAGUCUUGGCAGUUUCAAAUUAAAAACUAUUUGAGUCUUCCUUUUUGCUACUUUAAAUACUUCACUGUCAGUGGGUUACACGUCUGUUUAGUUUGUUUUUUUUAGGGUUAAGUUAGUUUCAGAGCGUAUUCUGUGUUGAGUUUAAAGCAUAACUAGGUUAGACUGGCUGCAUAUCUACACAUAAAGCUGCACCUUCAUUGCUGAAAGUAGCGUUUAUCCUGUUUUACAUCUGUAUGUGGUGAAAGCACCUUUACCCAUAAUGUUUAACAGCAGUGCCUCUGAAAACAUCACGUUCGCUUAUCCACUCUGCUGCACUUUGACUUUUAUCUCUUCUUUAUUUAAGUCAAAGGAGAACAUGUUGGUCAACACCGGACUCUUGAUCCAACGUACAACCAAACUCAAAAGCCUUCUUAUUAUUUUAGUAGCUGAAACCAGAUGCUUACAUACGUUGUAAAAAAAAAUGUCCAACAUUUUUUCUCACUAUCCGACACUAAACCAGACUAAACUUUUCCGAUUUUCAGUCCAUUAGGAUUACCAAAAUGAUUUAAAUGGAAAAUUCUAGGCUAAUGAUACAAAUACUUUUUUUUUAAUACUUUCAAAGUAAAAGAAAGUCUGAAGUGUCCAUACAUUCCCUCAGAUUUAGGUAGAAUUUUCUUUAAAACUGUAUGAGUUGGGUCAAAGCAUCCCUCCACAAGCUUCUCAGCAUAGUUUGCUUAUAUGUUUGGCCUAUUCUGAUGUAACUGAGUCAGGUUUGCUGGUCGUCUUGCUCACAAACCCUUUUCAGCCCUCAUGACAGAUCUUCUUUGGGACUGAGAUCAGGGUUUUGCACUUGUCACUUCAAAAACAUUGACUUUGUCACCGUUGAAGGAACAAUAAGUAAGUCAUUUACUGUAAAAUCAACUUAAAUCAAUCAUU